UGAAAAUGGAAGAUAGCAGUCAAAGAGAGAGUCAGUGUGGGUGACAUUCCUUAGAGAUGCUUCCCUGUGAGCUCCAAGAAAUGGUACUGUCCUACCUGCCUCAUCCUGAUGUGUUUAAUGUCAUCCAGUGUAGUCACAACAUGUACGACAUUGGAAGAGACCUCUACAGAAAUAAAUUCUUUGACAAAGAAUAUCAUGUAAUGAAGCUUAAGAAGAAGCAAGGAAUCAGACAGCUUAAAGAAGAAUAUAUUAGAAACAGAUUCAAUUUUAUUAAGGAGUAUGGGGACGUACGCACAAGAGUUGUUAAGACUGUAAAGGCUAGCAUCAAGCUAGAUCCCAUUGAAGGGAAAAAAUGAUUAGAAGAAGCAAAAGCAAUACAAAUAGAUUCACUUCAUAGAAAAGGAGCAUUUUCAACUCAUUGUGGAGGAUUUGCUAAUGCUGUUCAAUGCUUCGAUGGAACAGCUUACCUGACUAAAGAACAUGCACUUGAUUUUGGGUUCCAUGAAGUGAUGAACGAAUCUAUUAAUUAUAUCCCAGAAGGGACUUGUGUUAUCCAGAUCGAUUGUGGAUCUACAGAUAUUGUGUAUAUCUCCCCUGAAGAUAAGAAAGAGAGCUAUGGAUAUGCAUACACUAUAAAGAGGACGGAAGAGAAUGAACUGAGUGCCCCAAUUCUUAUAGAUAUUCCUGAAAAGGUUAAGUGGGUCUGCGCAUCAGUAUCCCAUCAGUUUGCAGCAACCAUCGAUGACAGAGUCUAUUGCUGGCUUCCUCAUGCUGAUUGCAAGCCAUUUGAAAUCAAAGGGCUUUUUAAUGACGACAACGAGUAUGAUGAAGAUGGAGUAGUUAUUAAGGAAGAUACCAAAACCUCAGAGAAAGAGGAUGAAGAACUUUCGAUUCAACAGCAACUUGCUAAAUCGACUCAUGAAGAGAAAAAGAGGCAGCUACAAGAACAAGAAAAGCUUGAUAGGAAGGAAAAGAUUGUUCACAAAAUAGUGUGAGGAAAUCACUUCCUCCUUGUUUUGUACAAAUCAGGAGAACUGUUCAAUGUUAGUAUUAAUGAAAACAGUGACUCCCAUCUCAUUGCAAGAAGAGUACAGGAACUUGAAGGCAAAAAUAUCAUGGAUAUUGAAGCCAGCUUCACCCAUUGGAUUGCUUUUGAGAAGACUGAAAUUAAGCCAAUUACAGAGUGGGAUAAUAUGCAAACAUCUGAAUGGUUUAAAAGAAUUGGGUUCGAUCAAUGUGGAAACCUUGCAAAAUACCACAACAUUGAAGGAAAAACUGUUUAUAAUGCAGAUGAGGAUUAUAUGGAGGAUGUUCUUGGUAUUUUAGAUCCUGUUGAUCAGCAAAAAUUAAGAUAUGAGAUCAACCAAGUAAGAGAAACAAAAUAUAAGGAUAUCAAUCUCUAUGGAUAUGGAGCUAAUUACUAUGGACAACUAGGACUAUUUGAUAAGCAUGCUUCAAUUCCUAAGAAAAUCCCGCUGCCACCUCUAUCAUACAAGGAUGAUUAUAUUCUGAGAUUCGCAUGCGGUAGGAGGAACACUGCAAUUCUUACUAAAAAGGGAGAACUUUGGAUAUGUGGCCACUGCAGACACGAUUUAAAGAAAAAGGUGAACAAGGAAAAGGUGAACAAGGAAAUGGACAAAGAUGAUAACUCCUCGAGUGAUGAAGAAAAGAAGACUGUCAAAAAGACAAAGAAAGAGAUUCUCAAAGCAGCAGGUAAAGGAAAGAAAGCAGGUAAGAAAAUGCAUGGCCACAAGAAUGUAAAAUUUGGAAGUGAGCAAUUUGAAGACUAUCUGGAAGAACUUGAAGAAGACAAUAGUAGAAAGAAGAACUUUAGGAAGACAAGACACAGUAAGCAUAAACACAAUAGGAAGACCCAAUAUAUGAGAGAGGAAAAGAAGAAAGUUUAUGAUAAAGAGAUGAGCUUAGAUCAUAGAUUUGUCAACUUCACUGAUGUAUUUACUAAAAAUGAGAAGAAUAUCCCCUAUAAAAUCUGUAAUGUAAGCCUCGGAAUUAUGGACUUCGCAGUCGUGAUGGCAUACAGAAAUGAAAAAAUUGAAAAAGUAGCUACAAAAGGGGACAAACUAAAAGAAAAGAAGAAACUCUGCACUAUUGACAAGAUUCUGACACAGUUGCAAAAGACUAGAAAAUUUGACAUUGAUGAUUUCACUAUCAACUACAUUGACAGAUUUAGCGGGAUUGUUGAGGUGCAACUCAGAAAGUUCCUUAAAUCAUCUGACAUUCCUCUGCAUAGGAUUCAAACUUUGAAGAAAGAUAUGGAGGUCUACUGGGAUAAGAAAGAUAGAAUCGACCUCUUCCAAUUCAACUAAUGUUAUUAUUUAACUUAUAUUCCAAUUUUA